AUGAAAUUCCUAAUAGGAUUGGCGUUGUUCUCCCUUGCACCUUCUUCGUUUGCUGUUCCGACAAGCAACAGUCCUCAAAGCAAUAGCUUAGCCCACGAAGAACAGCCGGUGAUCAAGCUGAAGCCCCAGCAAACUACCUCUCGUGACCUUGUGAACCUCGAUGGCCUGUGGAAAUUCACCCUCGCUUCUGGUGCAAACGACACAGCCCAACCAUGGAUGGCACCAUUUCCCAGAGAUGCUCUCGAAUGCCCAGUUCCCGCGUCUUACAACGAUAUCUUCGUCGAUCGCAAUAUCCACGACCAUGUCGGAUGGGUGUACUACCAGCGCGAUGUAUUGGUCCCAAAGGGCUGGUCCAACGACCGAUAUUUCGUGCGAGCCGAAUCCGCUACGCAUCACGGCCGUAUCUACAUAAAUGACCGCCUGCUAGCUGAACAUGUGGGCGGUUACACACCUUUUGAAGCAGAUAUCACCGAGUUUGUCACAGCUGGUGACAGGUUCCGCUUGACGAUUGGCGUCAACAAUGAGCUUACCCAUGAGACGAUCCCACCUGGCAAGAUCGUGGUGGGCGAGGCCACCGGCAGGAGAACCCAGACCUACCAACAUGACUUCUAUAACUAUGCUGGACUUGCUCGCUCUAUCUGGUUGUAUUCUGUGCCUCAUCAGCAUAUUCAAGACAUAACAGUUGUCACGGAUGUUGAUGGUGAAACUGGACUCAUCAACUACAAGGUCAAGGUGGCAGACACGGGGACUCUCAAAGUCAAGAUUUCUGUGGUUGACGAGGAUGGAGUCGUUGUUGCAAAUUCCUCCGGGGCUGAGGGUACCCUCAAAAUCAAGUCGGUCAAGUUGUGGCAACCUGGUGCCGCCUACCUUUACCAAUUGGAAGCGAGCAUUGUAGAUUCCCAUGGCAAGGUAGUCGACACCUAUAGCCUAGCCACCGGCGUGCGGACUGUCAAGGUCAUUGGGUCGAAGUUCCUUAUCAAUGACAAACCCUUCUACUUCACCGGAUUCGGAAAACAUGAAGACACAGCAGUCCGCGGCAAAGGACACGACCAAGCUUACAUGGUCCACGAUUUCCAACUGAUGAACUGGAUCGGGGCAAACUCUUUCCGAACCUCACACUACCCUUACGCCGAAGAAGUCAUGGAAUUUGCAGACCGACACGGAAUCGUCGUGAUCGACGAAACACCCGCCGUGGGUUUGAACAUUGCUUUGCUAGGUUUAUCCGCAGGCGAAGCCGUGAAAACCUUUGCCCCCGAUAGUAUCAACAACAACACCCAAGAGGCUCACAAGCAAGCCAUUCGUGAACUCAUCAACCGCGACAAGAACCAUGCCAGUGUUGUUAUGUGGUCAAUUGCCAAUGAGCCAGCCUCGAAUGAAGACGGGGCGCGCGCAUACUUCGAGCCUCUCGUCAAGUUGACUCGGGAGCUUGAUUCAACUCGUCCUAUCACAUUUGCCAAUGUCGGCCUGGCAACGUACCAGACAGAUCAGAUCUCGGACUUGUUUGAUGUCAGUUGUCUUAACCGGUAUUUCGGGUGGUAUUCUGAAACAGGGGACCUCGGUGAAGCAGAGGCGGCCCUAGAAAAGGAGCUGCGCGGCUGGGAAAAGAAAUUCAAUAGGCCUAUUAUCAUGACUGAGUAUGGCGCUGAUACUAUUUCCGGUCUGCACUCAACCUUGGGUCUGCCUUGGAGCGAGGAGUUUCAGACCCAAAUGCUUGACAUGUAUCAUCGGGUCUUCGACCGUGUUGAGUCGAUGGCAGGGGAGCAUGUUUGGAAUUUCGCUGACUUCCAGACCACUAUCGGUAUCCAGAGGGUGGAUGGUAAUAAGAAAGGUGUGUUUACCAGGGACCGAAAGCCGAAGAUGGCGGCACAUAGUUUGAAGGCGAGGUGGACAAAUCUCACCAGAACUGGGUAA